GCGUUGAUCUAAAGUUUGUUCUUUAAAGCAAGGCAUUGGCUAUCUUCCUCCUUCUUAGACAGAAAUAUCUCUCAAAAAUUCUCUCUACUCAUCGGAGUUUCGUCGAUCGGAAUCCGGCGAAGGUUACUUAAAAUACUCGAAGAAUUGAAUAUUUCUGAAGACUUUGCUGAUCGGACUGUCUUCUAUGUUCUGUUGAUAAUAUUAUCAUUAGCUUCAAAGACUGGAGGAGGAGGCGGCGGCGAUUGUGAAUAUUAUUAAAGGAAUAGAAAAACAAUAUCUAUAAGACAAAAAAGGUAGGAACGGCAGCAGCACGUUAGAGGUUUAGAUCUGGGGAAAUUUCUUCUGUCAAGAUUGGGGGAGUCAAAACUAAAUCCUGUACCACUCCUGUGGUCAGUAGAAAGCAAGGAGCAACAGCGUCCUGCAAGACUUUGAGUGGCGGGCCAUCAGUUGAUGGGCUAGGAAUUAUUGGAUCUGGGAGCAAGAUGAGUGCAGUAGGUCUAGAACUUACUAAUUUUAUAAAUCCUGAUUUGACCUGGAAGACAGUUACAAAAGGCUCCCGGAGUGCCUCCAGGCGUAAACCAGUUGUGAGAAGCUUCACUGUUGAGACAAAGCUAUCAGAUGAGAGUGCCAGAAAUGCGGAUGAUAUGACAGUUUCAGAUACCGAGAAGCAUGGUGUGGCUGUUCUUGGACGUCGCUUCAGUGGAAAAAAUGAGAAAAUUGAGCAUGUACCCAUUAAAAAAAGAAGAUUCACAGCCCAGGGUCCUUCAAAACCUUCUCAUACCACAUCUCCACACCUUGAAGUGGUUCUACCCAAUUCAAGUGGAAAACGACGACGUAGAGCAACUGAUGUGAAUGUUCCAACUAAGUUCAGUCUGAAGAUUUCUGAGUUUAAUGAUAAGUUUGAUUACAGUGAUGACUUCUCAGGUAUCGAGAUACUUGCUGCUGUUGCUUGCGACAACAGUAUGAUUAAUGAUGCUGCUUGUGUUGAAGAAAGUUCAAUAAUGGAAGAAUCAACACGAGAAGGGGUGGGCUCAUCUUCCUCUGCAGUUCCGAUCAAAGAAACUGCUGCAUCCCCAAAAGAUAUGGCACAUGAAGAUAAAACAGAGGCUUUCUCUCUUCAAAAUAAUGAAGUUACAGUGUUGCCUUGUGUUGAAGAAAGUUCAAUAAUGGAAGAAUCAACACGAGAAGGAGUGGGCUCAUCUUCCUCUGCUGUUCCGAUCAAAGAAACUGCUGCAUCCCCAAAAGAUAUGGCACACGAAGAUAAAACAGAGGCUUUCUCUCUUCAAAAUAAUGAAGUUACAGUGUUGCCUUGUGUUGAAAGUUCAAUAAUGGAAGAAUCAACACGAGAAGGAGUGGGCUCAUCUUCCUCUGCUGUUCCGAUCAAAGAAACUGCUGCAUCCCCAAAAGAUAUGGCACACGAAGAUAAAACAGAGGCUUUCUCUCUUCAAAAUAAUGAAGUUACAGUGUUGCCUUGUGUUGAAGAAAGUUCAAUAAUGGAAGAAUCAACACGAGAAGGAGUGGGCUCAUCUUCCUCUGCUGUUCCGAUCAAAGAAACUGCUGCAUCCCCAAAAGAUAUGGCACACGAAGAUAAAACAGAGGCUUUCUCUCUUCAAAAUAAUGAAGUUACAGUGUUGCCUUGUGUUGAAGAAGAUAAAACAGAGGCUUUAUCUCUUCAAAAUAAUGAAGUUACAGUGUUGCAUGCAUCUGCUGGAACCGAGGAAGGCGGAACAGGAGAAGGAUCUCUAUUGUCACGGGAUGAAAUGUUGAAUUUGGACUUGAAUGUUGCCUGGGAGCAACCUUGUGAUACUUUGAGCUUUGAUCCAAGUGAAAAUGAUUUACAGAUUUGCAAGGCUAAACCUGAAGCCUUAGAACAACACAUCCCUCCUGAUAGAGUGGUUUCAUCUGAUUUACAUCGGGAUAAUACACCUGUUGAUUUGAUAGGCUUGUCUCUUGGGACUUGUGAAUCAAAUAGAGAGGAACAUCCAUCUGAAGCAUGUUCUCUCCAUGAUGGAAAUCAUGAAGAGCUCUUUCCAUCUCCAAUUGGUAAUGCUCCGGAACCCUCCAUUUGUGAUGUUGCCAUUGCAAAAUCUUCCAGUCAGAUUGUUGAGGGGGAAGAAUCCCUAGAUCAUCCACCAUGCAAUACACUUCCUAGCCUUACCCUCAAGCAGUGUUCAGAAACAUGUUCAUCAGAUGACCAAAUGGGAAAAGUUUUGCGUACGGAAUGCAUGCAAGUCGAGUCGAUUAACAUUUCUUCACACCAUCUACCAAACUUAGAGAGAGUUACUUGCGAGAUUGACCUCUCAAUUUCAAAUGAUAAUGGAGAGAAUUCUCAGAUAUCAUCUUGUACACAUGAAGAUGGGAAGUCAAUUCAAAAUACGAGUAGCUUGGAAAACUUCCCACCAAUAGGACCUGCUUGGCUUGGAAUUGAAGCUGGAAGUUGCGAAGAAGAAUCAGGUGGCUGCCAUUGUUUGCCUAAUAGUGGAGAUAUUUUUGCAUCCAGUCCGUCUGCUGAGAAAGGCCAACCUGUAAUUGAAGUGGAUGCAAGAGGAGCCAAUGAAGCUUCUGCCGCCAAUAAAGCUGAAGUUCAUUCUCCGGUGCAAGCUGGGUCUGAGGAACUGAUGCAGAAGUCUUCUGCAGAUUCAACUGUUACUCCCGGAGAUGCAUGUGGAGCACAUGGUAAUGGUUUUACAAGUGUUUCAGCUAAUGUCAAUAUGGAAGAUCUGGAAGAUAGUUUUGAAUCAGAUGUUUAUCAAGCUGAUAAGGUCAUAGUUGGCACUGAAAAUGAUUUAGAACUUCAGGCUGGUUAUGAUUCUCAGUUUGAGGAUGGGGAGUUGAGGGAAUCUGAUGCACACUUUUACUGGGAUGAAAAUGGAGAGGAUGGGGAAGUCGAGCAUGUUGACUAUGGGUCUGAAUGUGAUGAAGAAAGACUUUGUGGCAUGGAUAAUGAGAAAGAAAUGAAAGUUGAGAGAGGUUCCAGUUCAGGAUCUGAUGAUGCUAGUCGAAAAAUUGAACAUGGGAUGGGGGAUUCUCUGAGAGAUGACUCAGUUAGUCCAAAGACAAGAACUUCUGAUGUCACUACUGACAAGGAUUUCCUGUCUGGGGUUGUUGGAUCAAGGACAUCAAAUAGAGAUUUCCUGUCAAGCAUUGAGGAGUCCAGUUCCAUAUUUAGGAAGGAUCCUACACUUAGGAGCAGAGCUGGGAAUAUUUAUAAUUUAUAUCCUCGAGAUGAAAGGGAUGCAGGCUCCCAUAAAUUCAUGGGAAGGGACAGGGCUGUUCCUCAAAUGCGUGGCAGAAGUCCUGGAGGCCAUCGCUUUGUCAACCAUGCAACAGGCUACUGUGACUCAGAGCGGCGAUAUUUAUCUAAUUAUCGUGGCAAUUACACUUCUGGACAUCCUAGAACAAGAGGUGGAUUUGAUAGCCGCAGAUAUAUAAUAUCUUCAGACCAUACCGAUUCUGAAGGAGUAGGUUUUGCAGGAUCUGACAAUCGUGCUCGCAGGCGAUUUGUUAAUCCUUCUUCCACUGGUGCAUAUGAACGGAUUGUCAGGAGGAGAUCACCUACCAGCAGAGAUGAUUCAUACCGUGUGCAUACAGGAGCAUUACCUGUGAGAGAUGUUAGUCCAAUCAGGAGUGGAUUUAGAAGAUUUCCACGAGAGGUUGCAAGAGGAGGCUUGAGAGAGGAAUACCACAGGCCAAUGCCAGAGGACAAGAUUGAAUAUUCUAAUCGUUUUGCACCACGAAUGCUUAGGAGAGAAAGAAGCAUAUCUCCUCUAUGCAGAGGACAACCUCGCCAUCCCUUCACUCAUAAGAAAUCUCGGUCAAGAUCCAGAAGUCGCUCUCCAUCUUCAUAUUUACCAAGGGUCAGAAAUGAGGUUUCAAGACUUCGUAGUAGGUCUCCAGAUUUUAGGACCGAUGCUAGGAUGGAUAGAGUGAGGUUGCCAUUUCAGAAGCGUUUUCCAGCUGAUUUUGAAGGGGAUUUUAUACCCACAAGAAGAAAUCACUUUACACAGCAUAACCCCAGAUGGUUUGAUGAUCGAAAUGGUGGUUUAGAUAGUUUCCGGGGAAGAAAAUCACCUGUUAAUAUGUUCCGUCCAAAUCAACGAUUUGAUUCGGUGCGUACCAUCCGGAGAUUGGAUUCAGAGGAUCAGUUCAGACCGAUGAUGCGAUCCAGAAAAUUUAACGAUAUGGGGAGUGCUAGCAGGGGAGGUGAAUUUGAUGGCAGUGAUGAUGACAGGAGAAAGCAUAACAGAUAUGAUAUGGCUCAGCGAGUUAGACAAUAUGAUACAGAUAGUCUGCGGCGGUUCCGGUUUAAUGCAGAAGAUUCAUUGGUGGCUAAUAAUGAUACUCCUAACUGUGAUGAAGGAAAUAGAAUAACUGACAGAAGGCCUGGAGGGGUGCAUAGGAGGGAUGGUGAAGAGUAGUUUAUUUGAGAGAUCACCCAGAAGAGUAGAGCCUUCGCCUUAGGUUAAUCUGCUGAUAGAUAGUUCCUUUUCCCCCUUUUGUUUUAAUCGUUCAAACAUUUAAGUUUUGGGCUGGAAGCAUCUCAAUUCCAUCGUUUUUUUCUUGCUGGCGGUGCUUGUGUGGUUUUCCUUGGCAAGAUCUGCUUCUCAAGUCAUUUAUUUUUCCCCCUUUCAUAGGAGUUAGAUUUUGCAUAUCCUACAUAUCUUUUUUCCUUUCCAUGAUGUUUAUUUUCCCACCUUUUACCUAUCCAUAAGCCAACUCUGGCUAUUUGUAAGCUCGGUUUUGAGGUCAUUAAGGGUAUAAUGAUCAACGGAAAAUCAGAAGUGGUUUUUGGUUUUCCUUUGCUGAUUA